GUACUGAUUGAAGACAUGAAUAAUGCGUUUAGUACUGAUGUAAAACAUGUAUAAUCCCUAGGUACUGAUGGAAAACAUUAAUAAUGUCUCAGUACUGAUGGAAAACAUUAUUAAUGCAUAAGUACUAAUGAGAAACAUUCACCAUGUCCGAAUCGUGGCGAUCAUUUAGGAAAAACGUCAACCAAUACGUUGUAACGUCGUCCAUCUUACGUCACCCAACGUCAUGACGACCGUGAUAUUGUUAGAUACAACGUCAAGAUGGCGACUAGACAGCCGCUACACUUGGCGUCUGAUGCAGGCUCGAACCAUCAACCUGCAACGGCCGGUCCGUUUCGCUUGAAAUGGCCCGAUUCCGUGCUAUUAGAAAGACCUUCAAGCGCACCAGCGAUCAGCAUUAACAACAAGCUUACCAGCUUAAAACGAUCUAUGACCGUUUUACCAAACCGUACGAUGUUCGUACAACCGAAGCCAGAAAUCAGCUCCUUGUCUAAGAGCGUUCAAACGUUCUUCCACUCGAAAGCACAAAGCCUUCCAGUCAUCAAUGGAGCGUUUCCAAAGUCCAAACCUUUCUCUCUGAGUGUGACAGGACUCAUAGAUAUCCUUCCGUCCAAGGACAGAGCUGCUGUCUGGCCAAACAGCCCCGGGAAGUCCCCGGUUCCUGCUUCACCCACAAGCGCUAGGAAAGAAGCCAUGACGAUAUGUGAAGGACAGAACUUUUCAGACAAGUCAGACAGUGAAAUCCCAGGUGUUAUUGAGGCCUGUAAGGUUGUACAGGAGGCAACACAUAGAUACGAGGUCUCCACACUUAGGGCAAUAGCUUCCAAAGUAGUUGAGGCACUUCCGGCAGCAACUCCACGUUUGGAUAUUACCAAGCCGGAUUCAGCUCCGUCACCAAUGACCGCAUCUCUCGCAAUGCCGGAUACAACGAAUGAAUCCGAUGUAGAUCCCGCCCACCAGUCUGGGUCUCCAAACAACACCGUGAGUUGUCAAGAAGUUACCGUCACUCCAAGAUACCACGUAUCCCCACUACGGACCCUAGCAUUGAACAUUGUCCAAACGCUUCCCAACCACAACUCUCUCGGUCAGUUUCAGACAUCUGACCGGGUAGCCACGGACAUCAAGUGUGCACCAAGCGAGUCCCCGAAAGUAUCUGAGAGUUCACAGGAUGUGACUACAACUCCCAGAUACGAGGUUUCUAGACUGAGUGCUCUAGCUCUGAAGGUUGUGAAAACGCUUCCAAAACCAACCCCGUAUGUAGAUGUCAGUCUGGCUUCUGCAAAAAAGGAUUUUGAAAAGACUGCUACUGGCAAUUAUGGUGAAACUACUGUAUCCCCAAGUGCCUCUGAGAGUUCACAGGAUGUGCCUACGGCUCCCCGAUACGAGGUUUCCACACUGAGGGCCAUUGCUCUGAAGGUUGUGGACACACUUCCCAAACCAACCUUUUCUGUGGAUUCACUUUCAGCUCCUGAGACAAAAGAUGACAAAAAGACAUCGAUCGUGGAUGCUACAGACACCGACAGUGAAACAGCUGUGUCACCUAGUGCCUCCGAGUAUUCACAUGAUGUGUCUACAUCUCCCAGAUACGAGGUUUCCAGACUGAGUGCUCUAGCUCUGAAGGUUGUGGACAAACUUCCAAAACAAACCUCAUAUGUGGAUUCACUGGCUACGAUUGUGAAAAAAGAUGAUGGAAAUGUAAAAGAAGAGACAUCGACAGUGGAUGCUAAUGAUAGUGACAGCGAAACAGCCGUGUCUCCAAGUGCCUCAAAGGAUGGGACUGCAACUCCCAGAUACGAGGUGUCCAUCCUGAGGGCUAUUGCUUUGACGGUGGUAGACACACUUCCCAAACCAAAACCUUUUGGAGAUGUCAUUGGUGCUUCUGCUGAUACAAAGGAUCUUAAAGAGAUGGUCGUCAAGACAGAGCAUUCGACUGAUAUUGUCACUUCGCCUUCACUGACAUCCUCCAAAUGUUCGCAUGCUAUGGAAGCUAGUCCAAUAUAUGAGGUUUCUACGCUCCGUGCUUUGGCUUCUGACAUCGUAAAGACUCUUCCAAAACCAGCCUCUUCAGUGGACCAUUUCUCUGCUGCUUUGCCUGCGACAAAUGAUUCUGCUUUCGACAAACCUUACAGCGGCGAAAAAGUGAAUGAAGAAUCUUCCACUCAAUGGCGAGUAUCCACUCUGCAAGCUUUAGCUGCCGACGUCGUGAAAUCAAUCCCCAAACCAGCCUCAUCCGUUGAUAACAUAAGGAAAACGGGUGUUCACGACACAAGCGCUGCCAAAGAAUUGGAUGGUCAAGCGCGAAAUUUCAACGUAGAGAUCAGGUUUGUGGAUUCCAUCGAGGCCGAGUGUAGAAAGAACAACGAGAGAGAAGUUGUGCGGUACAGGAAAAUAUUGGAGGAGGCCAAACACGCUCGCGAGGAGGCAGCAGGAAAACUCAUGAUUGUCAACCACAGGGUUCUCGUGGAUAAGCAGACUUACUUAGCGUCAGAACAAGAAAGCCUUCGAGCACAAAUACUUCACCUGGACGCAGAGAUCGCCGUUCUGGAAGAAGUCCUCAACUCCAAAGAAUCCGUUCCAACCAGCAGGACGAGCAGGCAGCCUAAACCUCCAAAAAUAGAGCCAAGGAUGACCAGAACAGCAUUGAGGCUGCAGCGAGAAAAGGGUCUAAUGGUGAAAGCGGAGCUGGCAAAAGAAAGACUUCUGAAAUUGAAAUUCGACCAAAUAAGAAAAGAAAUGGAGGCAAAACAUCUCAAAAUUAAAAGCUUGAGCAAUCCAAAAAGUAUAUUCAACGUUCCAAAGAAAGAAAAACAUGAUCUUUCGGAAGCGGAUAAGAAACAGGAUACACUUAUUAGGCCCGUCCACGAUGCCGGGAUACAGAAACCAGCUCAACAGCAAUCGCCUUUCAAGAAAGCCAUUGUCCGCACUUGUCCGAUCACGGACCGAGUCAUCAAGGCUAGUCCUUUACCAGCUUUCUACAAAAAAGCAUCGGCUCUUCAUCCAAUAUUCACCAAGAAAUCUUGUCUCGGCCCUCCGACACGUGACCAGACAGAGGCGUCACAUUCCAAGAAGGCUGCACCAAUGUCUCCCAUCGUUAGUUCUGCAAAACUCGCCUCUUCCGUUAGCUUGUGGUCUGCAAGAAAUUUUCCUGCCGGUGACUUGGUGAAAGGUGCCGGUGGUGAUACACGACAUGUUGCAGACAACAGGCAGCGAAAUAAGAAAAGCACAGGUAAUGAUGCUUGUGCUGCCAUCUCCGAACAACCAGCAAAGACAAUGUGCUGUAGUAAAAAAAGAAUUCUGCCAUCGAUCAAGUCACAUGAUCUAAGGACUGCAGAUGGUCGAGUCAAGUCGCAUGAUCAACCGACUGCAGAAUGUCGAGUCAAGUCAUAUGCUCAACGGACUGCAGAAUCUCGAGUCAAAUUACAUGAUCAACGGGCUGCAGAAGGCCUAGUCAAGUCACAGGAUCAACGGCCUUCAGAAAGUCGAGUCAAGUCACAAGGUCAACGGACUGCAGAUGGCCGAGUCAAGUCACAUUAUCAACGAACUGCAGAAGGUCAGGCCCAGACACGUGAUCAACGGACAACAGAAUGUCAGUCACAUGAUCAGCGGACUGCAGAACCUCGAGUCAAGUCACAAGAUCAACGGACUGCGGACUGUCGAGUCAAGACACGUGACCAACGAACUGUAAAAGGUCGAGUCAAGUCACAUGAUCAACGGACUGCAGAAGGUAGAGUCAAAGCACAUGAUCAACAGACUGCCGAGGAACGAGUCAAGUCACAUGAUCCACGGACUGCAGAAGAAGCAGUCAAGUCACAAGAUCGACGGACUUCAGAAAGUUCUGUCAAAGCGCAUGAACAAAGGCCUGCAGAAGGUCGAGUCAAUGCACAUGAUAUGCGGACUGCAGACGGUCUAAUGAAGGUGCGCCUAAAGAAAAACAGAAUGCGCACCUUUCCGAUCAGGGACCGAGUCACCAAGGCCAAUCCUUUACCAGCUUUCUACAAAAAAACAUCUUCACUUCCUCCAAUUUAUAUCAAGACAAAUGGCCUCAAUCCUCUGACACGUGACCAGACAGUGGCGUCAACCAACAAGAUGGCUGCACCACUGCCUCCCAUUGCUAGGUCUGUAAGAAAUGUUCCUUCCGGUGACUUGGUGAAAGGUGACGGUUGCAAUACACGGGCCAUAGCAGACGAUAAGCAGCAGCGUAGGACAGGCAAGGACCACGUCUCUGAGCUCACAACCUCGUUACACGGUCCAACGACACUGGCCUGGGGUAAACAGAAAGUGCUGCCUCAUAUCCACUCCCAUACCGCUAUGGACGGUACCACAGGCAGCACAAACCGCACUGACAAAGUCAGUCGAUGUUUAUACACAUACGACGCAAAAUAGACAAUAUAGAUCUUUUUGUGUUAUUGAAAAAUACGAGAAAAAAAAUAUUUAAUUACAAUUUAAAUUUUUACCAAAAAAUGCAAAACCUAUAUAAAUUAAAGCUCAUUUAAGUUCGUUUUCAAUGUUCAUAAAACAAAAUAAAAUUGUACGUAAUUCAA